AUGGCUUCAGAGAGCAAGAAGAAGGUUUGCGUGGUUGGAUUCGGAGAACACGGCGUCGACAUAGAAUCUUCACAGUAUGGGGAUGAAAAGGCCUGGAGGCCAAAACGAGUAUUUCAAACCGUCCAAGAAGCUGCGGAUAUAGACUAUGACUAUAUUAUUGCGUGCUUCAAAACUCUCCCUGAUCUCGAGCCUACGCCAGCCGUCCUUGGCAUUGAACGCGACCUCCAAGAAGCCAUCCCACAAGCCACUAUCAUCUCCGGGUGUGCAUGGAUCGACGUUACGCUAGUGGAUAAUUACCGGAUUAUGCGACACGGUGGCAUUAACCGGCUUGUUACUGGCGUUCACCCGCCACUACCUUCCACUGGAGACGCUCAGGGCAACCUGAGACUUCGAGGCGACGCAGCACUUAGACAGCUCGAGGAGCUGUGGAAGAAAGGGGGCUUUGAACCUACCAUUACGUCAAAUAUCGUUGCUGAGAGGUGGCGGAAGAAUCUAUGGAACGCUGCAUUCUCGACCCUCGCCACCCUUGCUCGUGCAGACUUGUUCCAGAUCUAUGCAAAGGAUGCAUGGGAGAUUAACAGACCAGUCGCCGAAGGACUAAUGAACGAAGUCGUGACAGUUGCGCGUGCCAUAGGAAUCACAGAAGAGCUUUUGCCUUCGAGUGCUGUCAAGCAUACGGUUGAGUUUGCUCAGGCAGCAUAUAGUGAUCCAACAAAGGGCAAGCCUUUCAAACCGUCAAUGACAGUGGACCUAGAAGCUGGAAGACCGAUGGAGGUAGAAGGGAUAGUCGGUUCUGUCGUAAAGCAGGCGAAAGAGUUGAGUAUCGCAGUUCCAAGACUCGAAACUGCUUAUGCUGCGUUGAAACUUCUUCAACGUGGUAUUAUUGAAAAGAGAUCCAAUUCCGCUAGAUAG